UUACACAGUGCUCAGCAAAGUACAACACUCCGAAGCGAGAGUUUCCAAAUCCUAAUUCCAUCCUCUUCUACCUUCAAUCUUCCAAUAAUACUUUUAUCUGUCGAUUUCGUCACAGAAAUAUCUGUUCCCGGAUUUUUUUCUUCUUGUCAUUUUAAAAAAGUUACAAUUCAAUUUAUAGAGAUUCAUUCAAUCCAAAUCGAAAGAGAGGGGAAAUGUCGAAGAAGAAGGCAACGAUGACGCUCAAGGAUUUUCAUGGCGGUUCCAUUCCUUCCGAUCUCCCUCUCCCCUCUGCACCCCGCGUGACUGUGAGGCCCGCUGAUCGUGGUGGAUUUGAUAGGCAAAUGUCAUGGGGUAACUCAGCAGGAAGGCCUGAACAUUGGUUGCAGCCAGCAUCUGCUGGCUCAGCUGGGACCCUUGAUGAAAAAUCUCCUUUUCUAAGUCAUAGUUCCCAUAUAGGUCAAUUUCGAUGAGGAUGAGCGCAAGCCUUUAGAUGGGGUUUCAGGCCCUCGCCAAACAGUUGCAGACGGAAGCCUUCGUGCUCAAUCUAGUCGCAUGACGGAGCAUAAGGCAGAUAAUACUAUAUCUGAUAGAGUUGGUAGUAGUCCUUCAAUUCCUGUAUCUCAGCUAUCAACUAGCUCCACUGGUGGCUCUUACGCAGGGAAGGUUGUUGAAGUGCAUAAUUCUAAGCCUAACAAUCAAUAUUUAAGUGGUAGCCUCAGUUAUGGGUCAAGUUAUCCAGUUUUUGGUGGCAAUGCUGGGCAAGCAGUAGCUGGAUCACAUCCAAAUGCCUGGGGGAUAAGGAAGGAGGCUUCAAGAAUGAAAGAGCCUGUAGCUGCUGCAUGGUCAGCUCCAGAUGCUGAGACAAAGUUAGCCCAUGCCAGUGCUCUCGAGAAGGUCUCAUCUGGCCGGUGGAGCUCAAAACAACAAAUUAAUCCUCGAAAAGAUGUUGCAGUUUUAGGACGUCCCGAAACUGAGGGAAAGUUUGAGUAUAGUUCUAGCAAUGCAUACACUAGGAAAAGCUACAAUAGGUUAGAUGUGGUUGCUGACUCUGACUAUCAAGACAAUGGUUUGGUAAUGCAUGCUGAAAGAAGUCUAACAUUCAGAGAUGGGAUUCAUGGUGGUGGAAAGGAGGCACCUCAAUCUUAUGAGAGGUCUAAAUCUGCAAUACGUGUGGAUUCAAAUGAGAAAUACACUGCUGCUACUGUUAAUGGUUUCCAAUCAAUCCAGUCCUCUUUGAAACCUGUAGGGGCUGAGUUUCAGUUGUCUACAGAAUUAUCAGAAAGACCAAAGCUUAAAUUACUUCCAAGAUCAAACCCAUUGGAGAACAUAGAAUCACCAAGUGAGCACAAGCAGGUAAAUUUGUGAAAAAAAUCUGUAGACACCACCACCACCACCACCAGAGGUAACGGACAAGGCAUAAGAUGCAGGCAAAUGUUCAAGUAUCUGAAAUCGAUUUUCACACAGUAGUGGGACUGUUUUGAAAUUGUUACUAACUCUGGGGUUAUUUUUAGUGAUUUUCUGUUGUGUGGUGUACAGUUUGGGAUUUUUGGAAGUAUGGGGGUCGAUUUGCAAUUUCUGGGGUCCAAUUAGCAAUUUUCCAGGAGGGGGGGUCCUUAUUAGGGAGUAAGAAAGUGUGGGGGUUUGGGAAUAAAUUCCCAAACCCUAAUUUACCUCCCAAAUUCGGCGCCUCUGUUUCAUUACCUCCCUUAUCCGACGAUUCGGCGUCGCCUCCUCCCUUGGCGACUGUUGCGACUCCGGUCGUUGUAGCUUCCAUCCCCGGGUUGCCGCCUCAGUUGUUAGCGGCUCCCAAGUUGCUCCCGAUGGCGGCGACCGGUUCUCCUCUUCCUACUGCCGCUGCUACUUGGCCGCUAUUUCUGAGCGAUGUCGGCGGUGGUUUGACUUUCCUCUCUUGCCACCACUCCGGGUAGCCAUGGAUUUCGAAGCAGGAUUCACGUAUGUGCUUUUUCUUCCCACAAUGGGAGCAGACGAGUUUUGAUUUAUCCUCUCCGGUCAGUUUGUGCCACCCACCACCGUUGCUGCCGCCGAGGUUCCAUUGAGGAUGGAACCGAAGGUUCUGCCAUUGGUGAGUCACGGCCAGACCAGCCCCGAUUCCCUAUACGCCGGAGUCCUCUGUCUUGAGGACGCUGGAUCUGACGUCUUCUCGCCGGAGGAUGGCGUAUGCCGCUUCGGCCGAGGGAAGUGGUUUUGUCCUUAGUAUCUCCUUUUUGAUGUUCUCAUACUUGCUAUUCAGAGCUAUAAGUAAUUGGAACAAUCUCUGUUCUUGGUUCUCGGUAUUGUAUAUGUUGAUGUCUUAUGCGCAUUUCAUUUGGAUGUCUUCGGUCUAUGGAAAUCCAUAAAUCGUUCAAUUGGGUCCAUAUUUCCUCCAGUGGCUCCUCCUGUUUUAAUGUGAUUGUUUUUGCAUAUAGAUCGUAUACUUGGAUUUUGUCACUCCCGCUAGCAUAGGUGACUUCGAUGCUAACCCAUGUCUCUGGCCGUCGGAUAUUGGGUCAAUCGGCUUACUAGCCUCUGUUCCACAUUCUGGCUCAGCCAUGUGAAAACGCAAUGGUCAGCCUGUUGCCACUUUUCGAAAGCUUGGUCGGUUUUUUCCGGAGGGGGUGGGACUCCAGUGAUGUGAGACAUCAUCCCCCUCCCAUUGAUUGCCGCUUUCAUGAGGAUAGACCACUGGGGGUAAUUGUCACCAUUUAGUUUCUCUGCAAUAACUAAUGGUGAGGAAUCAAUUCUGUAGGUUUCUGGUGUUGAUUCUGGAGGUUUGGUGGUAAUUAUUUGGUUCUGACUUUGUGCGAUACUUGCACGCAUAAAUUCGGCAAACAUUCGAGCGAAUUGCUCUGUUUCCGUUGGUUUUGGUGGUUCGUCGUUGUCUGACAUGUUUUUGUCUCUGCAGGAUCUGCCGGGUUUUGGCUAAAAGGUUUGAGAUUGGUCCGAGACAGUGAUGAGACUACUCUGAGUAUCACCCCCGCUCUGAUACCAUCUUGAAUGGUGUAUUAGACAUAAUUUAGGGAUAGAAGAACAAUGAGAGGAAUUGUGAAAUUGAUACUUUGAUGAUAUUUCAUUACUGCAGAGACUAUCCCUUUAUAUAGAGUUGAUACAUGUGUAAUUAUGAUAUAAUAUUAAUCAAAUAUCAAUCUUGUUAUUCUA